AUGCUGAUCAACACUCUCAAACAGUUUACCACCAACGAACGAGUCGAAACAUCGAAUUGCUUCAAAGCCGACCGAACCGAAGCCAGUGGAGAUACGACACGACACCCGAGCCCUGCUGCACCGAGAGAACAAGAGGAUAACUUCCUGAGGACAUCACAGUAUCUUGGAGCCCUGGGGCAAGUCUUCGCGCAAGCGGCCUUGAUCGAGUUUGGUACUUGCCUGGUCGCGUGA